AUGGCCGCCGUUAUGACCCCGCUCAACACUGUACCGCGCCCUCACAUCUCAUCGCCGCUUGCCAGCCCGACAUCACCGCUCUCGAGCGUGUCUUCCUCAUCCUCAGGCUCAUCCGUGCUGUCAUCGUCCCCGACACACGGCGCCGGCGCAUUCCGUUCCAUGCCCGUUCGCCCGCAGCCCCAACGCAAGCAGUCGUUCCCGGUAUCACGACCUCUGCGCCCCUUCGCGUCCAUCUCUAACGCGACAUCACCCACCACCGGCUCGGGCAAGCCGAAGCCGGUCAAACUCAUCGCGCCGUCGAGCAAGCCUAUGCAAUUCAUCCUCAACCUCACCCAGGACGAGUUUUGCCGACGGGACCUCUGA